UUAAAGCAUAUAUUGUCUAUGGAAAACUUUAGUUGGGCAUUAUAUCUUUAAUUAAGCUUAGGUAAUGCAGAAGUGACAUUCCAACAGAAUUUUUUGCAUCUAUCAUGCAUUUCCUAGAAGUAUAGGAUUUAUACUUUGUAAGUUUAAAUCAGAAAGAGAAUUAGAAAGUGACUCCAGUGCAGUGGGACGGAUACUGAAGAUGUUAAAUUAUUAUACUUAUAUCUUUUAUUAGAUGUGAUUUGAAUAACCUGAAAAGUAAGUGUCUGAGAGUUUGCCUGGGGGAGUGAGUUCAGAGCAGGAUCCAAGGCAGGGUGUGCACUUAGCAGGAAAGCACCUGAUGCUGCUGUGUUUAACCUGCAGCUUGUAAUGAGCUGCCAAGGGUUAGGCACUGGGAAAAUACUGGCAACAGGAACACUGGAAAAACCUCAGACCUCUUCAGAACUGUGGGAAGCAGCUUUCCUUUAGGAUCUGCUCUUGAAGCAUGGUGUACAUACUAAAGACACUCAACAGCUGGUUCUGGUGGGAGAAUAUCUGGAUGCCCAUCAACUGCACAUGGGCAGAUUUUGUAGACCGUGAUGGGCUUGUCUUUCCCAAACCUCACCAGUUGUAUGCCACAAUCCCAUAUGCUUUUGUAUUGCUGAUCAUCCGAUUCUUCAGUGAAAGAUAUGUUGCCAUACCUCUAGCAAAAGCCUUGGGUAUAAAGAAUGUAAGACGUGUGAAGCCACAGCCUAAUCCUGUGUUAGAGAGUUAUUUCCGGGAGUGCUCAAGACAUCCAUCCCAAUCAGAGAUCAAAGGCCUUGCCAAAAAAUGCAACUGCACCGUCCAUUUGGUGGAGAAAUGGUUCAGGAGGCGGCGAAACCUUGAGAUCCCAACAGUACUCCGGAAAUUCCAGGAAGCUUUCUGGCGAUUUUCAUUCUAUCUGACAUCCUCCAUUGUUGGAUUUAUAUUUCUCUAUGAUAAACCCUGGUUUUACGACAUAUGGCAGACGUGGGUUGGUUAUCCGUUUCAGACCUUGCUGCCAUCCCAGUACUGGUACUACAUGGCCGAGAUCGGGUUUUACUGGUCCCUCAUAUUUACCCUUGGGAUUGACAUCAAGCGGAAGGAUUUUAUGGCUCACGUCGUUCAUCACCUGGCAGCCAUCGGGUUGAUGAGUGGCUCUUGGUGUGGCAAUUACGUGCGGCUUGGAACUCUGGUGAUCUUCGUGCACGACACUGCAGAUUUCUGGCUCGAGGCAGCCAAAAUGUUUAAUUAUGCUCGCUGGGAGAAAACCUGCAACAUGCUGUUUAUCAUCUUUUCUAUCGCAUUCUUCAUCACCAGGAUCAUCCUGUUUCCCUUCUGGAUUCUUCGUGCCACACUAUAUCAGCCUACCUACUACUCCACGACUCCUGUCAUAGCAUAUUUUUUAUUCAAUGGGAUGCUAUUAACCCUCCAAGGCUUGCAUUUAUAUUGGGGUUACUUAAUUUUCAAGAUUUUGAAAAGAUUCGUUUUCCUAAAGGACUUGAAAGACGAUCGGAGUGAUGAAGAGGAGGAAGAUUCUGUUACAGACACUGAAGAGGAGUCCACAAAGAGCGGCAACAAGAACAGCAGUGGGUCAAGCAAACACCUCCUAAGCAGCAGUCACCACUAGCUCUGUCCUGCCCCACCUCCUGCAGUGAUUCCUGCUCUGGUUUUAGCCCAACCUACAGAACAGGAUUUAAGUCAAAAGGCUUGUGAGAGACUGUGAUUGAUUUAUUGUUGGCUACUGGACCUGGAAAAAAGCCCAGUUCAGAGGGGAGGGAGAAAUUGCAUAACAUGACAAAAUGUGUUAAUGACCCACUUUUGGAAUCAUUGCAGAGUGUGUGGAAAGAUGUUUGGACUUGCUGACUGACAGUGCUCCACAAGGGCAAAGCUCAAGAGAGUCAAGUAAUUUAGUGUCCCGUUGAGUCUAAUGUUGUUUUUCAAUCUGAUAUAAGAUAUAUUUCAUCAAACAAUUUAAAUCACAGAUGUUUCGUGGUAGGUAGGUAGUGUGAACUCCAUUAGGAACCAGAAUUACUCAAUGUGGGAAAAAUUUGACAGUGCUGUACAGCGACUGGCAUUUUAUCUUUGCUUUUCAGUUUAAACCCUCAUCAAAAUGGGUAUUUUUCUGAGUUAUAUUUCAUUUCCUGGAGGCCAGGGGAAGCAAACAUGGAGGAAUUCAAAUUACUUGUCUGUGAAAGGUUAGCUUCAGUGAAGAAAUAUAGUCUUUCUCUGAAGUGAUAGCUGAAAUAUUGUGUCAAGGAAGUCACUGUUAAAACAGCAAAACUCAGCCCCAAUUCUCCAUUGAGCUCCAGGCUUCUCAAAUGUCUUUCAGUCAUUUUGGCCCAGUGUUAGAACAGAAGGUGCAGAGAGGAGAGAAGAGGGGAAAUGGAAAUUGAGUCUUUUCACAGGUUCUUGUGCACUUAUCUGUCUUCAAAAGUGCCAAACACCCUCUGCUCCUUGCUCAUCUUCAGACCAGAAAGUUAAAAUCAGAUCUUGUCCACUCCCUUCUCACGACCUUAUCUCACAGCUUUGGAUACUGCCUUCUCUGGAGCAAAGCCACCAAGUUCUGCUUUGUGGUUCUGGAGUGUUCAGUGCAGGUAGUCGGGCACUGGGGAGCACAGGACUGACACAGGAUGUCACACUGUCACUGCUGUGGCUUCAUUUGAUACCAGGAUCUGUAUUUCCAUCUCUGCUCUUUUAUGAAAUGGGGAAUCACAUCAGCUAGACCCAAACUUGGAUGUAUGUGACUUCAGCCACAUGCUGUUGUUUAUUGCUGUAACCAGUGAGCAACAGCUCCUCUUACCCGAAGUGCCUCUAUCCUAAAUUUGCACUUCUGUUCUAACACAAGUGGGGCUGCAGCAGCAUUUUCAGUCCCAGGGCUCUCCAUGGAGAGCCCAGGCCUUGUAAACAGGGCGGUGCCAGUCCCAUUUCCCUCUGCAUUAGCUCACAGGGUCAUAAAGGAUUUGUGUCAUAAGUCUGGGAGGCGAGAGGCUCUGCAUGUGCUUCUACAGUAGCUGAGAUCAUCUGGGGACCUAAAUCCAGUAGCCUGACAGAGGCCAGGGGACCACUCCUAGAGCAGCCUCAGUGCAGAGCGUUCGGCUCAGAACGGCUCCGUUCCCCUCCGGCUGCUCCAGCAGGAAUUGGUGACCUACGGGAAGCGUUGCAGGACUGACUUGUUUUCCCAAGAUUUCCUUGGCAAAGGGGAUGUAAUUCAGUGACUGAAGCAUUGAAAGAAUGGGAAAUGUUUGGGAUCUCAGAUAUUAAGAAACAAGUGGGCUUCAUGCAGUUACAAGAAGCUGUAGGACAGCUUUGUUACAGAGGCUUUUAUUAAUUUUACUUUAAUAAUUUUUUACUUGUUUUUUGGACCAUUUUGGACCUAAAUGUGUAUGUUUUACCACAAAGGGAAUUAAACUGGGGAAGAAGCAUGGCCUACAGCUUCUGAGAAGGAAGGGAGACGUGUGGUGGUGGAAAAAGACCCCUGUCCUGGUGCUUGUAGUUCCUUGGUGCCACUUGAGCUGAGUGGGCAGAACCCUCUCAGCAGCCUUUGGCCACCAAUGCCCCUCCUGCACAGAUGAGAACACCUUAAAUACUGCAGGGGGAGAGUAUGGGGAGUGUAAGCACUGAUGGCAACAUGUAAAGCAACUGGAGAGUUUGGCAGAGGCACAGUUCUUAUCGGGGCUCUUUUAUUGCCUGCAUGAAAAACACUUUCCUAACAAAACGUGGAAAUCCGGCGUCUUGGAGGAUUUGCACUCCCUUGGGAGAGACAGCAGUGCUUUCUUCAAGAUGUAACGGGGUUUUGGGAGGUGGCCAGGGUAUUAUCAUAUGAUUUUGGUGCCAGAAGCUUUCUUCCUAUGACUAGGAAAGGAAUUUAGUAAAGGAAACAAAGAAUGUUGUCGUCACAGGAAUGAGCCUCUGAACAACUACUGAUUUUUAAACUGGAAUUUAUAGUCUCCUUGAGGCCAAAACUUGCCUUUCCUACUCAGGACAAAUCUCCCACUGAAGCCAAUUAAUUCUAUUGGAGCCUUGCCUAGGAAAAAUUUUGGAUUGCAGUUAUCCAACCUAAUUGCAAGAACUUUUGUUCUAAGUAGAUGUGAAACUGAGAUCUUAAGGGAAGAACAAAAGGUGGAUAAAUACACUCAGAUAUAAAACUUUGAGGCAAAUUCUGGGUGAGUACAGAAGAAUAUGGAAGAAAAUAACAUCCUGAAGGUGAAGAUUGAGUCUGGGCAAGGAAAUAACAUUGCAGUGGGAGGGGGGUGGAAGGCAGACAGGCCAUGGAGGGCCCUUCCCAGGGAUUACUGCCACAGGCGACUGAGGUGAUCAGACCUAAAGUUUCUGAAUGUAAACUACUAGGUCCUGGUAAUAAAUACCCACAGCACAGAAAGAAGUGGGAAUGGGCUGUCACAGUGUCCCCUGUUAACAUCAGAUUGGUCAUUCCUGGAGUUAUGUGCAUUUAAUUUCCCCUUUUUUACUGAUUGAAACUCAGAAACAAGAAGCUGAGGUCAAUGGGGCACAAUUUCUGCUAAAGGAAUUUAUGUCACGGUGCUUCAAGAUUUUCAGUCUAUUCAAUGCAAUGCAAUGAAGAUUCAACAUUUUUAUAAUCUUCUUGUGCAGAGUCUCAAAGUGCAGGUGCAGAACAACUGUAGGUGUGUAUGGGAGCACAGACAGACUCUGACAUUUUCUUUUUACCAUUUCACAAAGUGUGUCCUAGUUCAAUGAAUAGACACUGCAUCUGGCUUUGCUGUGUUGCUUUGACCAUGCCAAAAUAUUUCUGAUAGAGCUAUAGACUGAAAAUCAAAUCUUAGUCCAUAAGACUCAGGGGAAACUUCUGUUUUGUUUGAUUUCUCUGGAUUUAGUUCAGGUAUUCCUGUCUGUGUGAACUCUGCUUCCUCUGUACUUGUGUCAGAUUUACCAGCCUGCUCUGGACGGGGUUCACAGAUCUCCUUCACUCCACAAAACUCAUUUUGUCAAUUCAUGUUAUUUGGUAUAAUUAUCUUUUUUUUUGUUCUUUAUGCCACUGACUUUGGUCAGUUGAAAU